CUCACUGAAAGACAAGUGUUCAGAAGAAUAUCAAAUGGAAACUCCAUCACCGUCACACAACAACAACAUGAUCACCGUCACAGAGCCGCUGAUCUCGAACAAGAGCAACCCAAAGGUGCCAAAGGGCGGCUUCCGAGCCUUGCCUUUCAUUGUAGCAAAUUCGGCAUUUGAGAAGGUGGCAAGCUUCGGGCUGUUGCCAAACAUGAUUCUGUAUUUGACGAGAGAGUAUAGGUUGGAGGCAGCUACGGGAGCCAAUAUCCUCUUCUUCUGGUCAGCUGCCACCAAUCUCAUGCCAAUUAUUGGGGCUUUUCUCGCUGAUUCUUACGUCGGUCGCUUUCCGAUGAUCGGAUUUGGAUCUGUUGUUAGCCUCCUGGGAAUGUUUCUAUUAUGGUUAACAACUGUGAUUCCACAAGCAAGGCCAGCCCCUUGUGUGCAAUUCAGUGACAGUUGCCCUUCUGCCACAACAUUACAGCUUCUGUUUUUAUAUUCAUCUCUUGGGCUCAUCUCCAUUGGAGCCGGUGGAGUAAGGUCUUCUUCUUUAGCCUUUGGGGCUGAUCAACUAGGGAAGGGAGAGAACCUUAAAAAUGCACAAAUCCGAGAGAGCUUCUUCAGCUGGUACUAUGCAAUAGUCUCUUUUUCUGUAGUUAUUGCCAUGACUUGUGUUGUUUACGUUCAACAAGUGAUGGGGUGGAAGGUGGGGUUUGGAGUUCCUGUGGUGCUCAUGAUCAUGUCAGCUCUUUCUUUCUUCUUAGCUUCUCCCAUUUAUGUCAAGUCAUCACUACCCAAGUCAAGCUUGCUUACUAGAUUUGCUCAAGUUUUUGUUGCUGCCUAUAAAAAUAGAAGCAUUCCAUCAUCAACCCAAGCCACCAAUGAAGUGUACCAUAGUAGGAAGGAUACAUUGCUUCUUGCUCCAAGUGAGAAAUUCAGGUAUCUAAACAAAGCAUGCAUUAUCAGAAACCCUCAAGAAGACCUGAUCCCAGAUGGAAGCGCUUCAGAUCCAUGGAGUCUUUGUACAGUAGAUCAAGUAGAAGAGCUAAAGGCAAUUAUCAAGAUAAUCCCAAUAUGGUCAACAGGAAUGAUGAUGUCUGUGACUAUAAGCCCAGGCUCGUUUCCAGUACUCCAGGCAUCUACCAUGGACCGACACAUUACUUCAAAAUUUGAAGUUCCUGCAGGCUCCUUCGGCGUUUUCAUGGUUAUCUCCAUUUUUUUAUGGAUUAGUCUCUACGAUCGUGUAAUUAUCCCUCUAGCAUCAAAACUCAAGGGAAAACCUGUUUGUUUCAGCUUGAAACAAAGAAUGGGAAUUGGGAUUCUACUCUCUUCCACAUCCAUGGCAGCAUUAGCAAUGGCAGAGAGCAUUCGGCGAGAAACUGCAAUCAGGGAAGGAUUUUCAGAUGACCCUAAUGCUGUGGUGCACAUGUCUGCACUGUGGUUAUUGCCAUACCAUGUCCUAGGUGGAUUGGCAGAGGCCUUCAAUGCAAUUGGACAGAACGAGUUCUACUACACUGAGUUGCCCAAAUCCAUGUCUAGUAUAGCUGUCACUUUAGCUGAAAUGGGAUUUUCUGCGGCAUAUAUUGUUGCAAGUUUUAUAAUGACUAGUGUUGAUAGUUUAACUAAGAGAGGAGGAGAGGAGAGUUGGGUAUCAAGCAAUAUUAAUAGGGGUCACUAUGAUUAUUACUACUGGCUUCUUGCUAGUCUGGGCUUGGUUAACUUCUCAUAUUAUCUCUUUUGUAGCAAGGCUUAUGGUCCUUGCAGGGGAGAAGGGUAUAAUAACCCUGAUGAAGCUACAAGAGAGAUGACCAUUGAUUAGUUAUUAAGGUCUAGGAACAGAAGUUGUUCAUCAAUAGUUUAGCAUGAUUACUGAAUAUUUGGCUUUCUAUGGUGGCUGGAUUAGGAAUUUUGUAUAAUUAUUUUGUUUCUGUUUAGGAAUAUGUAGAUUAUAGCUAGUUUUAGUCUUGACA